CAUAUACCCUUCGGGAGGUCUGCGGUAAGGGCUCUAGCCCGGCCGCCACGGCGUUAAAUACAACAACAACAACAACAACAACAUUAAGCGACACCCUGGAAGCCAGAAAACGGCACAACCCUCGGCCCUCUUGAGCAGUCAAUUUCCUACGCAACCGUACAGUAGGCUCCAUUUUACUUAAUCUGGUCCAGCUUCGAUCAACCAUUGUCGUGGACGCUGGCCUGGGAGUAAUAUGGGCACUGUUAACAUUGAGUACUCAAUCAAUUUUAGAAAUGUCGCCCGUCGCAUAUUGCCCCAGAUAACAGAAAAACGAGCAUACAUGUGCGCGGAGGGUCAGACCAUGCAGUGGGCGACUUGAAUAGUAUUCUCUUACUCAAAUUCCAUGGCAAACUUUCGGUCUAUGUCGACGCUGCACAACAACCUUGUCUCAAUGUCCGAAGGGAUCACAGCCAAUUUGGAUCUUUGGGGCAACGUCAAGAUACCUUUCCUGAAGCGCCUAGACACAGACGAUUGGUUUGAUUUUGAUCGAGAUCUCAACGUGAAUGAGCACUCGCCUUUGGCCGGGAUUCCUUUUAACAGCAUUGGGAUGGGAAACACUAUAUCUUAACUAAAGUUCAGUUACGUUAAAUUAGACUGCUCAGCUGUUGGAAGCCGUGCCAUGGAGCUAGAGGACGACGUUCCACUGAAAGAGACGGGGCAUAACGAAGAGCUGUCAGUCGCUGCUCUGGC